AUGCGGGGGCGCGCAAGGGACGGGGAGGGGGUCCGAGCGCGGCGCGCGCAGCUGCUAAAACGUCUCUUGCAGAUUAAGGCGAACUUCGAGACCAACCUUAACCGGGCCCUGAGGAAUUACAACACGACGGCAGAUCAGCACAGCGAUGCCGUGGACACCAUCCAGAGAACGCUCCACUGCUGCGGGGUCCAGAACUACACGGACUGGGAGAAGACUGAGUACUUUGUCCAGAGAGGAAUCCCGCAGAGCUGCUGCAAAAGCCAGGAUGACUGCCCAGAGGGGGAUCUGAAGGACCCGAGCAAAGCCAAGGCCAAAGUCUUUGUGGAUGGUUGUUUUUACCUCGUGACAUCGACGAUGGAGUCAAAAAUGAGCAUUGUGGCUGGAAUCUCCUUCGGCAUUGCGUGCUUCCAGUUAAUUGGCAUCUUCCUGGCCUGCUGCCUGUCCCGGCACAUCACAAACAAUCAGUACGAGAUGGUGUAGCUGGCCCCAGCACGCUGGGGCUGUGACCAAGGAAAUUCCUUCUGCUCUCCUGUGUCUGGGGAAAGCGUAGCCAUCUUCAGUUUUCCUCCGGACGCCGCCUCGUGAAAUCACGCUUUGAAUCGACUGAUCUUCUUCUCAACUGGCUCAUAGAAACGAGUGCAACAGCUGUUCUGUUGCGCUCGGGGACUUGUCCUAACACUGCUCUGCUGUACCACUGAGUGGGAUAAUUAGUGUAGCUGAGGUGGUUACAGUAAGCGCGUUCCUGCGGGCGCUGCAGUCCCCGGCUCUUUCCUCAGCCGUGCACUAAGUGCCGCGUUGAAGCAGACGCU